AACCUUUACCAGGUUCUUCUGCAAAGAAGUCCCCGACUUUCUCAUUGCGCAAUGAAACAAAAUUAAAGAUAAACACCCGAAGAAAAAAGGAGACAUAUGGUAAAACUCGAUUGUACGAAUUGAAGAAAAUAAGCAGCCCUACCGCCCGGAAACCAAAAAUAGACGCCACAUAAAAAAAAUAAAAAAAAGCCCGCCUUCAGCAUGGCCAAACCCGAAACAAAGUUCAACCUGGGCUCGGUCCUAGUGGUCGGAGGCUGUGGCUUCCUGGGCUCGCACAUUGUGCGCAUGCUCCUCGACGACUACAAGUGCAGCGCCGUGUCGGCCGUCGACCUGCGCUGCACCCGCAACCGCCGCGAGGGCGUGCAGUACCACGACGCCGACAUUACCAACGCCGAGCGCCUCGUCUCCGUCUUUGACGAGGUCCGCCCCGACGUCGUCAUCCACACGGCCAGCCCCCUGGCCCAGGGCAACAGCGUCGUCCACCGCGACAUCUUCUACAAGGUCAACGUCGAGGGCACGAGGACGGUCGUCGAGGCCUGCAAGAAGGCGGGCGUCAAGGCCUUGGUCUUUACGAGCUCGGCCAGCGUCAUCAGCGAUAAUGUUUCGGACCUCAUCAACGCCGACGAGCGGUGGCCCAUGAUUCGCGGGGAUAAGCAGACCGAGUACUAUUCCGAUACCAAGGCAGAAGCAGAAGAAAUCGUUCUCAAAGCCAACGAGCCCGGCAAGCUCCUCACCGCCGCGAUCCGCCCAUCCGGCAUCUUCGGCGAGGGCGACAGCAUGGUGACAGCCAACCUGGUUAAGACGUACCGGGAGGGAAAGUGGAAGGUGCAAGUUGGCGACAAUAACAACCUGUUUGACUUUACCUACGCUGGCAACGUAGCUCACGCCCACCUGCUCGCGGCGCGUGCUCUCCUCGUGACCUACUCCGCCAAGACGCAACCGCUGGACCACGAGCGCGUCGACGGUGAGGUUUUCCUCAUCACCAACGAUUCGCCCGUCUACUUUUGGGACUUUGCGCGCCUCGUGUACCGCGCUGCCGGGAACCAGGCGGGGCUCGACAAGGUCUGGGUCCUGCCGCGCGACGUCGGCAUCGCCCUGGGCUGGUGCUCCGAGACUGCCGCCUGGCUGCUCGGCAAGCCCGUCCCGACCUUCAGCCGCCAGCGCAUCAUCUACAGCACUAUGACCAGGUACUACAAUAUCACAAAGGCCAAGCAGCGUCUGGGCUACGCCCCGAUCGUGAGCAUGGAGGAGGGCGUCAGGAGGGGUGUGCAGUACAUUUUGGACCAGGAGAAGGAGACGGGCAAGCCCAUUUGCUGAGUAGGGCGGGUUGGGUAGUAAAGGAUUUUGCGUUUAUGAACCUUUUCUUUAAGCCGACUUUAUGACAUGUAUACAUAAAUCAUUAAUUAAUUCAACAGAUGCCAAACAAAAGAAAGUACCACCCUGCGAUAGUGGCGCCAAGAAAAAGUAUCCCUCCACAAAUUGGUCUGG